AUGGAUAGACAGCUGCUGAAAGCAGCUACGCGUGAUUCAUUUGAAGAAUCAGACAGUACGUUAAAGGAAACGGUGUCCAGAAACCGAAGCAUGGUGCUCGCAAGAACUGCAGAGGGGAACACUUGCCUCCACAUAUCUUCCAUGCAUGGCCAUGGCGGAUUCUGCGACGCCGUGCUGGAGCUAGACGAGUCUCUGCUUUCCCUUGUCAACUCCGAUGGGGAGACCCCCCUGCUGACCGCCAUUACAAGCGGGCAUGCUUCUUUGGCCUUUUCUUUGCUCAGGCGCUGCAAUAAACCAGGGCUUAGCGAUUCAAUCCCGAGACAUGAUAAUAAUGAGUGUAAUGCACUGCACCAUGCCAUUCGCGGUGGCCACAAGGCCCUUGCUCUGGAGUUGAUAAGGACCCAGCCUGCCUUGUCCCAAGGUGUCAACAAAUUCAAUGAGUCCCCUAUGUAUCUUGCGUUGACUAGAGAUUACAGAGAUGUUUUUGAGGAAUUGUUUGCAAUCCCUGGUUCAGCUCAUUCUGGAAGCUACAGCUACAAUGUUCUUCAUGCUGCUGUGAAAUAUGGGAAUUUGCUAAAUCCUAUAUAUAUUGCUAAGAAAAUUAUGGAGUCUUGUCCAUGGCUGGCCAGAGAAGAAAACGACUCUGGGCACACUCCAAUGCAGAUGGCUGUACGUUGGAACAAGGCUGAAAUGCUACAAGUAUUGUUGGAACAUGAUUGGUCUUUAGGAUACGCAAAGAACAGCAAGACUGGAAAACCUCUGCUUGUCUCUGCUGCAUUUCAAGGCCAUGUGAAUGUUGCUCGAGAGCUUCUCAGGCAUUGUCCGGAUGCUCCUUAUUGCCAGGCAGAUCGGUGGACUUGUCUUCAUGAAGCUAUAGAGUUUGGCCAUACUGAAUUUGUUGAAUUCAUCCUGGGGGCACCACAACUUGGAAAAUUAAUUAACAUGCGAGAUGGAAAAGGAAAGACUGCUCUACAUCACGCCGUCCGGAAGUGCAACCCCAAAAUUGUGGCUGCUCUACUUCGCAAAGGCGCUCGCAUAGACUGCACAAUGCUUGACCAAAAUCGUGAUCCAGCCAUUUGGGAAUUAAGCGAGGCCAUGCAACAUGCCAAGACUUUAAACUGGAGUGAAGUUUCAAUGCUUAUGUUGCAAGCUGAUCCUAGAAGUAAGUCCACGAUUGUUAAUCUCUACAAGAAAGCCAAACAAAAUGUAACUGAAACAUCAAGGAUAAAUGCAAAGUGGCUAACUGAGAUAUACACAACCAACACUUCCUUAGUGGCUAUCCUAAUUGCGACAAUUACCUUUGCCGCUGCCUUCACAUUGCCAGGAGGAUACAGCUCUAAUUCAGGAAGUGAAGGGCUUCCUAUUAUGUCAAGAAAGUUUGCAUUCCAAGCAUUCUUGGUCUCUGACACCCUAGCCAUGUUAUCAUCACUUGCUGUUGCCUUCAUAUGCAUCUUGGCAAGAUGGGAGGAUCUUGAAUUCUUGCUUUAUUAUAGAUCCUUCACUAGGCAACUUAUGUGGUUUGCAUACAUGGCAACAACUACGGCAUUUGCAACUAGUUUAUACACAGUGCUCGCCCCUCGGCUUACAUGGUUAGCUGUGGGAAUUUGCAUCUUGUCAGUUUCAAUGCCCAUUUUUACCAAGGUGCUUGGUGAAUGGCCCAUCCUGAAGCUCCGGAUGCAGUUAGGACCUUCUAUGCCCGAAUUCCUUGAUAUGGUCUGAAACUGUCAAUUUGUAUAACGUUUUUAUAUUCUGUUUAAUUUCUAG